CACCUGCUUUAUAAUGCAGCACUUUAGAUGACAUCCUUCCACACCUGUGAAGCGCCGUCGCAAUUUCUGAACAACUGACAUCUUCACUUCAUGAUUCUGUCUGCAUAUAACCGCCAACUCUCUGAUCGCAAAACAGGAAAUUCUUUCUGUUUCCUCCAGUUGAUUGUGAAAAAGGUUCUGGAACAUUUGCUGUGUUCAGAAGAGCAAUGAACUGCCAAUACAAUCUCUUGUUGUUGUUCCUCUGUGGCUUCGCUGCACUCUCUGUCUCAACAGAGGAAUGUGGAAAAGAUCUACUAGUGGGAACGUCCUGCAUCAUUAAGCGGACAUCAAGAAACAAAGAGAAACCACCUGAGAUAAAAUGGGUCCACGACCUAAACGGCAACAUUCUUCGCUGGAAAGGUGGGACUGUCAGAGGAACAUAUGCAGGUGCAUCUAUGGAAGAAGAUGGAUCAUUAAAAAUGUCAAAAGUUAGUCUGAAGGACACGGGCAAAUAUAAAUUCUACGAAUUUAAUGCUGAUGGUGCAGAGAUUGGUACAAGAGAAGUGGAAAUUAAAGUAUAUGAAAAGGCCCCUAAACCCACUGUGAGCAUCAGAUGCACAAAAGAUGGGAAUGCGACUCUCUCCUGUGAGAUCGGAAACAGAAAAGAUCUGACUGUAACCUGGUAUAAAGACAAAAUGAUCCAGAAUGACAAAAAAACUCAAGUUCUCUUGUCAUUUACUCAAGUACAGGAGAAUAAACCGUACUCAUGCGAGGCACAAAAUCCUGUCAGCAAAGACAAAAGUGAGAGUAUUACAGUGUCAUGUCCAGGUUCAGGUUAUGGUAAACUCUUUGGCUUUGAUUUCUGGGUCAUGUUGGGCAUCCUAGCCGGCGGAGGAGCCCUUCUGCUUCUGCUGAUCUGUGUUCUCAUCAUCUGUGCGUGUAGAAGCUGUCGGCAACGUACGAAGCGCCAACAAGAUGAGGAGGAGCUCCGGCUAGAAGGUCUGACCCCAGGUCAGAACGGUACAAGCAGAUCCAAACAGACCGCUAGAGGGCAACCGGCGCCCCCCGUCCCGCAAGAGGACUCAAUACUCUGCAGCCCAUCUCCAGAAACCCCUCGAAGCCAGACUCAACCCAAAGCCCAGAUCCGUGCUCGACCCCCCCCACCGCCUCAGGACGAGGAGGACCCGCCUCCAUUACCUCAGCCCAGGAACAAACAGCACCGAAACAAGAGGAGUCAAGAGCCGUACCGACCAAUGGAAUGAGACUAAACCACAGUAUAUGAGACUUUCCUAGUAAAAGCCGAGUAAAAGCCAUAUAUUGA